GUCCCCACCUCGGGGCACGUCGGCCACUAUUUAACGCGGCCGGCACCGGCUGACGGCAGCAGUCGCACGCCCAGCCGCGGGAACAUGAAGGUCCUGGUCACUCUGUCUUGUCUCCUGGCGCUGGGCGCUGCCCAGCUGGGCUACCCCUACUCUGUCUAUAACCCCUAUUUCUACGCCGGCGGCUACAACUACAACGCUCCCUUCACGUACUCAGCCGCGCCUGCGCCCGUUACCUACUCGGCCGUGCCUGCUGGCAGCGUCAGCUCCCAGUACCACGCUCAGGACGAGCUGGGACAGUUCAACUACGGCUACGCCGACGGCCUCUCGUCCAAGAACGAGUACAAGAGGUUCGAUGGCGCCACCGUCGGCAGCUACAGCUACCUUGACGCCAACGGCAAGGUGCAGACCGUCUCCUACACGGCCGACGACGUCAACGGCUUCCGGGUGACGGCGACCAACCUGCCGGUGGCGCCCAAGGACGAGCUGAAGGCGCCCGAAUUCAACCUGGAGUCGCCCGUGUUCGACGGCCAGGCGCCCGAGCCGGUGCAGGACACCCCUGAGGUGGCCGCUGCCAAGGCCGAGUUCGCCAAGCUGUACGCUGACGCCGCCGCCGCCGCCGAGGCUGCGCCCGACACCGACGCCGCCGAGCCUGCUGAGGAGUCGGCGCGCCGGCGUCGCAGCGCCGUGCUCCUGCCGGCCCUGGCUAAGGCCACCGUCAAGACCGCUUCGUUCGACAAGGUGGAGGCCGACACUCCUGCCGACACCACCCUUGUCGAGCUGAAGGAGAAGGAGCACGAGACCUACGUGCCGGCCACCUACGCCGCCCCUGCCUUCCACUACAGUCCUGCCGUCACCUACGCCGUGCCGACCAUCAAGAAGGUGGAGGUGAAGCACGUGGCUGCCCCUGCCAUCACCUACACUGCUCCCAUCACCUACACUGCUCCCAUCACCUACACUAGCCCCGUGGUUCACGAGGUCAAGGUCAAGAAGGUGGAGACCCCCGUCACCUACGCCGCCACCCCUCUGACCUACGGCUUCCACCCGUACGGCCUGGGCGCUCCUUUCGUCUACAGCGUUGCCGCAGAGGCCGAGAAGGAGGCUGCCGAGAAGCCUGCCGUCGAGUCGGCCGAGCGUCGCAAGCGCAGCGCCGUGCUGCUGCCGGCCGUGGCCAAGGCCACCGUCAAGACCGUCUCCCUGGACAAGGUGGAGGCUGACACCCCUGCCGACACCACUCUGUUGGAGCUGAAGGAGAAGGAGCACGAGACCUACGUGCCGGCCACUUACGCCGCCCCUGCCUUCCACUUCAGUCCUGCCGUCACCUACACCGUGCCGACCAUCAAGAAGGUCGAGGUGAAGCACGUGGCUGCCCCUGCCAUCACCUACACUGCUCCCAUCACCUACACUAGCCCCGUGGUCCACGAGGUCAAGGUCAAGAAGGUGGAGACCCCUGUCACCUACUCGACUCUUGCCUACCCCUACGCCUACGGCCUGGGCACCCCUCUGGUCUAUAAUGUGGCGGCCCCGACUGCUGAAGCCGAGGAGAAGGCUGAGUAAGCAGUUCUCAUCGUCUGAAUGCCGAGCGCAGACCUCCCACGUCUUCAAUGUAUGUCCUCGUCUUGCAUGCGUGAGUGUCUAUUGAACCUGAUGAGCCCAAUGAACAAAUGUGAUAAGUAUGCAGCUUCGUCAUAUGUCAAUACAUGCAAGUACGGGCAUUAUGUUCUGAA